AAAGAAACAGAGAAAGUAAUAGAAGGGGGGAAAACCCACAAAUAUAGUUUUUUUUUAAAUGUACAAACGUCGUCAUGAAAUAAAAAUCAGAAUUGCUUGAUUCCCAACGGGCGUCCCUCGAGCAUGGAAUGACAAGAGCUUCUAAAAGGUCGCGUCUUUACUAAUGCACUAGUCGCAUUCAGGAAACAAACCUUCUCUUUCAAUUACCGCCCAGCUAAAAGUUCUCGUCUGUUCCGAAAAUCGCUGCUGUUAAUCAAAUCAAAAACUACUCGACAAAUUAAAACGGGCGAAAACCAGCUACUUGAAAAGUGAACGAAUGCUACCUGCCACCUUUCAAGGACUUUUUAAGUGCGCUAAACGCCUCAUUCAAUCCCUAUUGACUCGUAAAUCACGCUCGGUAUAUAUUUAUACAUAUAUAAAGUAUAUUGGGUCUGAAAAGAGGGCAGGUGUAUGAAAAAAAAUAUUUUCAUGGCAUUUUUUAAAACAAAAUUAAAAACAAAAGUAAACACAAAGAAAAGUAAAAAAAUUUAUCGACUUAUCAAAAGCCAUCACCGGAACGGCAAUAUGUACCGGAUUACGGAUUUCUUCUAUAAUCAGAGAUGAACAAAAUCGUAAGCGUAACAGAUUUCCAGCUGAGUAAAUGAUGAUUGACAGUUAACAAUACGGCGUUCGUUUGAAGUACGACCGAAUGAAUUUGACGAGAAGCGUUCGGUCAAUUAGUAUUUUGACAUGGGCGCCUGAUCGCCAUUGUCAUUUCGCAUCUGUUGAUAUAAUUGUGUCCGAUAGAUUAUUUAAUCUACUUAAGAUCUUUAUGUUUGCAGAUUCACAAAAAGAUGGCCAAAAUGAGCAGCAAAACGGAUUGGAUCAAAAGAAUAAACCGAGAAAAAAGCGAUCCAGAGCCGCAUUUUCUCAUGCUCAGGUCUUUGAACUUGAGAGACGAUUUAGCCAUCAAAAAUAUUUAUCGGGACCGGAAAGAGCUGAUUUGGCACAGGCUUUAAAACUAACAGAAACUCAAGUGAAAAUUUGGUUUCAGAAUAGACGAUACAAAACUAAAAGAAAACAAAUGGCGGAACAAGCCACAAUUGCCCAACAAGCUAGAAAAGUAGCAGUGAAAGUUCUUGUUAAGAACGAUAGGAGGUUGUUCGAGAACGAGACGUUGCGUAACUUUAUCUACCCAACAGUUCCUGUACCAGGAUUAUCAUUCUUUCAUCCUUCACUUUUAUAUCCACCCGCUUUUAAUUCACCGCAACCUGCUCAUCACUCGUCCAGUUAA